AUGCAAGUUGCUGUUCAGAGCUGCCAAAGAGGGAGCGUUGGCAGCAUCAGAUACCUUCUUGAACAGCGAGAUGUGGAAAUUAAUGUCCGUGAUAAAUGGGACAGUACACCUCUGUAUUAUGCUUGCCUCUGUGGACAUGAGGAGCUUGUACGCUAUCUUCUAGCCAAUGGAGCGAAAUGUGAGGCAAACACUUUUGAUGGGGAACGUUGUUUGUAUGGAGCUUUGAGUGAUGCCAUCCGACGCCUGCUGAAGGAGUACAAACAGAUCACGGCAAAGUGCAUGAAGAGAGACUACUAUGAUGUCUUCCUACAGCGGUUGCUGGAGCAGGGUUACCAAAGCGACAUCGUUUUCAUUGUUCAUGGCAAAUCCUUCUGUGCCCACCGCUGCAUUCUCAGUGCUCGCAGCGCCUACUUUGCGGAAAUGUUUGAGACCAAAUGGAAGGGAAAGAACAUGAUAGUGUUGAAGCAUCCACUGAUUAAUCCAGCAGCCUUUGGCUCUCUUCUGCAGUACCUAUACACAGGUCGUCUUGAUAUCGACGUAGAAUAUGUGAAUGAUUGCAAGAGGUUGGCCAAGCAGUGUCGGCUGCAGGACCUCAUAGACGAUUUGGAGACCAAAUGUAAAAAAGUCUAUGAAUUCGUUUCUUCCAAGCCAGGGACCUGUGUGAAAGUGCUGACGAUUGAGCCCACAGGUAACGGCCGGCUGCAGGAAGAUCUGGCUCUCCUAGCAGACUGCGCCCUGCCAGCCGAACUGCGGGUUGGUUUUGGGGAGUUGCCGUUUGACAGCACUGACAACUUCAACAGUUGUCCCGACGUGUGUUUUCGGGUGGCAGAUUACAACUUUUUGUGCCAUAAGGCAUUUUUCUGUGGUCGCAGUGAUUAUUUCAAAGCCCUUCUUGAAGACCAUUUCAGUGAGAGUGAGGAGCUGCAGACACAGCCCAGCAUCCCUGUGGUGACUCUCCACAACAUCUCAGAAGACAUCUUCAUCCGGGUCCUCUACUACAUCUACAGCGAUGAUACAGAGCUGUCCCCGGAAAACGCCUACGACGUGCUGUGCGUGGCAGACAUGUACCUGCUGCCUGGGCUCAAGCGCCUUUGUGGCAGGACCUUGGCUCAGAUCCUCGAUGAGGACAACAUUGUGAGCAUCUGGAGGAUUGCAAAGCUGUUCCAGCUGACCCGGCUGGAGGACCAGUGCACGGAGUACAUGGCAAAGAUCAUUGAGAAGCUGGUGGAGUUGGAGGAGUUUGUGGCUGCUGUGAAGGAGAAUGCGGAGGCUGUGGAGGAACGGCAGGAGACUGACUCCAUUCCUCUGGUUGACGACAUCCGCUUCCACAUCACCAGCAACGUGCAGACUUACAGUGCCAUCGAGGAAGCCAACCAGAAACUUGAAGCUCUGGAAAACCUUCUGGCCAGUAUAGGGCUUGAGUGCUGAUGUGUGCAAACCCUGCCUGUCGUGUACAGCCUGCGUAGCCCCCAGUGGGUUGGCUCGAACAUCUGAGUCUCUGAAUGUCUCUCUUCCCCUCCUUUGUCCUCUUUC